AUGGACGGCGGCUACCAUGGCGAGCAUGGUAGCUUUGAACGGCGAGGCCGGGUGAACCGCCGCAAUGCGACUGACAUUGGGACGACAUAUGUACACUGGAUGCGGAAUCGUAGACCUACCGGACGGCGAAUACGAGGCUUUGAGGUCGAGCGACCGGACUCCGACUUCAUCGUCGACAUGCUGCCACCUGCCGCUCGGAAAGGUCACGCAGCCGACUCUUUACCAGCCAAGCACGUGCACUCUUCGCUGAACAAAGUACGACAACCGGUGAAUGCCGUGAAAUGGACUCCAGAAGGCAGACGUCUCCUUACCGGAUCCACUAGCGGCGAGUUCACACUCUGGAAUGGCACAGGCUUCAAUUUCGAAACAAUCAUGCAGGCACACGAUGUCGCCAUAAGAACGCUGUGCUACUCACAUAACGACGAGUGGCUGCUUUCCGCAGACCAAGACGGUGUAAUCAAGUACUGGCAACCCAACUUCAACAACGUGCAGCAGAUACGGGCCCAUGAGUAUCCGGUUAGAGACGUGGCUUUCGCGCCAACAGACGCGAAGUUUGUAAGUGCUUCCGACGACCAAACGAUCAAGAUCUGGGACUUUGCCUCUGGUGAGCUGCAGUCCACACUGGAUGGGCAUCAAUGGGACGUCAAGUGCGCAGACUGGCAUCCGACCAAGGGCUUGAUUGUGUCAGGCUCGAAGGACCACACGGUCAGACUGUGGGAUCCACGGUCAGGGCGGUGUUUGACGGUACUGCACGGUCACAAGAACACUCUUACGAUGACAAGGUUCGAGCCGAACAACGGUGUGCUUCUUGCAUCUUGUGCUCGAGAACAGACUGCGCGGGUAUUUGACAUUCGUAUGAUGCGUGAUGUCUUCCUGCUCAAAGGCCACAACAAAGAGAUUAGCUCUAUGGUGUGGCAUCCGAUACACUCGAACAUGCUUAGUACCGGCGGGAAUGAAGGCUCGAUGAUGCACUAUCUGCUCGAUGAGCAGAAUGCGCCUGCUGGCACAGCUUUGACGGUGUCCCCUUACGAUGCGCCAAACCCAGCAGACUCUACCGCACAGACAGUUGAUCCUGCUCAUAGAGUGGAGCAUGCGCAUGAGUAUGCGAUCUGGAACAUGGACUGGCAUCCACUCGGCCACAUUCUAGCUUCAGGGUCUAACGAUCGCGCUACCCGAUUCUGGACCAGACCGAGGCCUGGCGACGACAGCUACGUCAAUGAUCGCUGGCACAUCGGUCAGGAAGCGGCUGAGGCUCAAGGUACUUGGAAGAAGUCGGAGGCUCAGAGGCGAGAGCAGGAGGACGAAGCGGAUGAUGAGGCGGAAGGUAUUGACGAUCAGCAGAUGCCUGUUAGACCUUUCUUGCCUGGUUUGCCAGGAUUGUCAGGACUCCCUGGCUUGGCGAAGCCAUCAUUCCCGGACGGCACGAGCACAGGCGGUGCGCAGUCGAUGGGUCUGCCAGACUUCUCAAACGGAGCGUCAUUGCCCUUCCAAAUGCCGAAUGGAGGCGUACCUGCUCCAUCUCCAGGAAUGGAUCUCGAAGCACUCAAGAAGGCAUUCGGCGGUCAACUCCCGCAGCCACCCUUUCCGCCGCCGAACGGUUCUUUGCUACCAAUGCCCAACUUUGCGAACGGGGCUCCACCGCAGCUGCCGCCUGGAUUCGUCCCCCCACCAGGCUUCCCAAUGCCCACCCUGCCAUGGACCGCUCAGUCGCCAACACCGACGAACGGCACGGGUGGCAGUGGCAGGAGACGAGCGCCGCUGCCUAGUCAAGCGGAGAGUCUGCAGGCAGAGAUGAGACAGGGCAGCAACUUCUUGAAGACUGUAGUUGAUACUCGCCCACUGUCAUACACGCCACCGCAGUUUCCGGCACUGUACUGGCCGUUUCCGGUGUACGGUACGCAAACACAGUAUCUCUAUGAUGCCCGGUCCAUGUGGCUCUUUACUCUGUACUGGACGCUCAUAUGUGUCGUCGGGAUCCACAUCAUUGCCGCGAGCUACGCGGUAGCCAUGCAGUGGAAGAACUGGAAAAUAGUCUGGGUCGUGCCCAUUAUCUACGUCGUCGUUGGAGGCAUCGAAGCAGUCAUCGCGGGCAAUGUCGUUGGGGGCCUACUCAGUGGUGUCUACUCCGUUGGCUACUUCCGCAUGUCGACAUGGAUACCGCUCUCUUGGGGCAUUAUUAACACGCUUGUCCUGGUACUAUCAUCCUUCGCCAUACAGGGAGGACUCUGA